GAAAUAAGAAGAAAAUUUGCCCAAUAUUUUAUUUUCGAUUAUUCCUAUCUGCCCUAAAUUGGGUUUCGGUGGUUCCAAAAUUAACCAGGCAAAGAGGAAAUAGACGAAGGAGAGAAAACAGUUCUUCGCCACCUGAGUUGAGUUUAUACCAGCUGAACUAGGAAUGAUUGCAGUAUUGGACACAUAUUCUUGCAAGAUCUGAUAUUUUUUGUGAGAUGAGGGAUGGUAACUCUGUUAAUGAACCUUCUGAGUGCUUGUGUGCGGCGACCGUCAUCAAAAAAGUUAUUAGUGGGAGGCUCUGAUGCCUUAGGUCAACAGAAUGGACUUCUUUGGUACAAGGAUUUUGGCCAGCAUGUUAAUGGCGAGUUCUCCGUGGCUGUGUUCCAAGCUAACAAGUUACUUGAGGAUCGGAGCCAGAUUGAAUCUGGUUCACUGAGCUUGAUGGAUUCUGGUCCUUUUGGUUCCUUUGUUGGGAUUUAUGAUGGUCAUGGGGGACCAGAGGUGGCUCAAUACAUUACUAACCAUCUGUUUGGCCAUAUCAAGAGAUUGAUGACUGAGCAACAGUCCAUGUCUGUGGAUGUGAUCAGAAAAGCAAUCCAAGCCACAGAAGAUGGUUUUCUUUCUUUAGUCUCUCAACAGUGGCCGCUAAAUCCGCAUAUUGCGUCCGUUGGCUCCUGCUGUCUUGUCGGCAUAGUCUGCGAUGGAGCAAUUUAUGUUUCUAACCUCGGAGAUUCACGAGCAAUUCUUGGGAGGCUUGUGAAAGCAACUGGUGAGAUUCUUGCCAUGCAAUUGUCAGCUGAGCACAAUGCAUCAAUUGAAUCUAUUAGAAAGGAGCUGCAAUCGAUGCACCCUAAUGAUCCACAGAUUGUGGUAUUGAAACACAAUGUUUGGCGUGUUAAGGGUCUUAUACAGAUUUCCAGAUCAAUUGGUGAUGCGUUCCUGAAAAAGGCAGAAUAUAAUAGGGAGCCACUGGAUGCUAAAUUUCGGCUGCGGGAAACUUUCAGAAAGCCCAUACUUAGUGCGGAGCCAUCGAUAUCUACACAGAAGGUGCAUCCUAAUGACCAAUUUAUUAUUUUUGCAUCAGAUGGACUAUGGGAGCAAAUCAGCAAUCAGGAUGCUGUCAACAUUGUCCAGAAUAAUCCUCGUAAAGGAAUUGCUAGGAGGCUUGUGAAGGCUGCUAUAGUCCAAGCUGCAAAGAAGAGGGAGAUGAGAUACUCCGAUCUUAUGAAGAUCGAUCGCGAUGUGCGCCGGCACUUUCACGACGAUAUAUCGGUAACUGUUUUGUUCCUUGACUCCAACCUUAUAAGCAACUCAAGCUCAAGAAAAGGCCCUGUAGUUUCUUUGAGAGCAGGAAGCCUCACCCAGCCAAUCAAAUAGUAAAUCCCAUUUAUGUGUGUAAAUUUCAGCAAAGAGUGAAAGAGAAGAAGGCCUAUUUGUUUCACUAUAAAUAUUUGAAAAAUGAUUGAAGUCUCAUUUAUCCAAAUUGGAGUGUUUGUUUGCUUGAAA